AGGGGAACAUCUCCCCCUUGCAGUCUAAACAAGCCGCCCGCACUAGCGCACUGGGGGAUUCAAUACUUGAACAUCAUACCACGAGCACGACCUGCAACCUUUCACUCGACUAGGUUCAACAUUCUUUCUCUUCCUCCAGAGUCGUUUCAAUUCACUACAGUGACUCGAGAACCGACUGCCGCAACAAUGGCCAGCCAGACCUUAGAAGCUCGUCUCGAGACGCUCACCGUCUCCGACGACUAUGACCAGCUCGAUGCUCCCAAGGUCCCCUCUAAGAGCAAGGCUUCUGCUCAAACAGCGCGUCAGCCUCUCUUCAAAGUCGCCCUACAACCCUCGUCCAGCGCCUCGGUUACCCUACCCUCCCAAGCCGCCAUCCAGCGCACAAAAUCCACAGUCCCAGCGUCACCACCCCCCGCACGCAAGGCACUCCCCAGCAGCUCCCGUCCCUCGGCCGAAAUCGACGAGCAGCAGCUGCAGCGCAACCCCCAGCUCGUGGACCAGCCCACCAUCAAGCAAUGGCACCUCGGCAUGUUCGAGAUUGGCCGUCCUCUCGGCAAGGGGAAGUUUGGACGCGUCUAUCUCGCCAGGGAACGAUCGAGCGGCUACAUCUGCGGUCUCAAGGUGCUGCACAAGAACGAGCUCCAGGCCGGUGGCGGUGUCGAGAAGCAGGUUCGCCGCGAGAUUGAGAUCCAGAGUAACCUGCGCCACCCCAACAUCCUCAAGCUGUACGGCCACUUCCACGACAGCAAGCGCAUCUUCCUGAUCCUCGAAUACGCCGCCAAGGGCGAGCUCUACAAGCACCUGCGCAAGGAGCAUCGGUUCCCUGAGUGGAAGGGUGCGCAGUACAUUUCCCAGAUGGCUUCUGCCCUCCAUUACCUUCACAGGAAGCACGUCAUUCACCGUGAUAUCAAGCCUGAGAAUAUCCUGGUGGGCAUCCACGGCGAGAUCAAGAUCUCUGACUUUGGAUGGAGCGUGCAUGCACCCAACAGCCGCCGCAAGACCAUGUGCGGAACACUGGACUACCUGCCCCCCGAGAUGGUGAGGCCAGGCAGCUCAGAUAACUACUACGACGAGAAGAUCGAUCUCUGGAGUCUAGGUGUGCUGACGUACGAAUUCCUCGUCGGCGAGGCGCCAUUCGAGGAUACGCCUGUCAUGACCCAGAGGAGAAUCGCAAGGGCCGAGAUGACGGUGCCAAAGUUCGUGAGCCCCGAGGCUACGGAUUUGAUCAAGAAGCUUCUCGUGUUGGACCCCUCGAAGCGUCUUCCACUGGAUCAAGUUCAGAAGCACCCGUGGAUUACAAAGCACUGCGACAGCAGCCGGGGCAGCAGGAGGUGAUGUUGUAGCGUAAAGACAGGAAGAAGCGUUGUGUACUGGUACUCAGUCGAUCAAAGCAUAGGGAUGAAAUUGGCGUUCAACGGUAACAAGACAGGAUGGACAC